AGCGCCGUGCAACAAACGGCUUGAUUGACUCUCCACGGUUCUCAUGGUACGUUUAAGUCCAACCUUUGAAUUCAAGUUAACAUGGCAGAGGUAGCCCCUGCAGCAGCCCCGGCGAAAGCGCCCAAGAAGAAGACCGCUAAGACCGCUAAGAAGAAGGUGGGACCCUCUCUUAGCGAGCUUAUCGUCAAAACCGUGGCCGCGUCCAAAGAGCGAAAUGGUGUUUCCCUCGCGGCGCUCAAAAAGGCUUUGGCCGCCGCCGGCUAUGAUUUGGACAAGAACAAGAACCGCGUUAAAACCGCCGUUGUUGGCCUGGUGACUAAAGGAACCCUCGUCCAGACCAAGGGAACCGGCGCUUCUGGUUCAUUCAAGAUGAACAAGAAGGCCGAAGGGAAGGCGAAGGCCCCAGCUAAGGCUGCGAAAAAGGCCCCAGCCAAAGCUAAGAAGCCCGCAUCUAAGAAGGCAACACCGAGCAAGAAGCCCAAAGCUGCUGCCACCAAGAAGCCGGCCGCUAAGAAAUCCGCCAAAAAGCCGGCUAAGGCCGCGACGCCCAAGAAAGCAGCUAAGAAGGCUACCAAGAGCCCCAAGAAAGCCGCUGCGCCCAAAAAAGCACCCGCGGCCAAGAAGGCUUCCGCCGCCAAAAAGAGCCCGGCCAAGAGGGUAGCCAAGCCAAAAACUGUUAAAAAGGCAGCACCUAAGAAGAAGUAA